AAGGCUGGACCACCCCAGUAGGGGAUGUUGCCCAUAGAAGAGCUGCACAACGUGGUUCCUGAGAACCAGUCGAGGUUCUGUGAUUUCUUCUCUCGGAAACCUAGCUCCUCUAUGUUCCACUUCCCUACACUUUCUGCCCAGCCAGCUUUUCACAAGAGUUCUUUGAGCUCUUUUCCCCAACCUCAAACGCUUUCUUGCUUCUGCUCUGAGCGAAAUCCUCCAGCUUGCUCCAGAGGUACUCUCUGGUGUGGGUCCUUUAAGAUGGCCCAGGAUCUCGGAGGCGGCUCUGGGCCUUUAAAGUGGCUCUUGUUGUUGAAGGUGGCCGUAGCCUUCUAAAGAGGCACUGGCCCUUUAAGGGAGCCCGGAUCCUUAGAGGCGGUGCCGGUCUUUUAAGGGGGCCCUGAUCUCUGCGUCCCUUUUACUUCUCAGCCUCCUCUGGUCUGCCGCAGCUCCUCCUUAAGCCGCCGGAACUGACCCGGUCCUGAAGCCGGUGCUGCCGCCUCUCAACCCGGAAGGAGCGAUCGAGCGAUCUAGCGAAAUCGGGCGCAUGCCCCUUCCUGGGCAGUCUUGGGGGGGUGGGUGUUCCCGUGCCCGCCUCCGCUCCUCCAUUGGCCGCCGCACCUUACUGAGGGUUGGGGGGAGGCGGGGGGCGGGACGCGCUGAAUCGUCUGUCUUAACCUGGGGGUGACCGGCGGCUCCGGCUUGUACCUCGCCUUUGGAAACUGGGAGUCCUUUUCUCCCGCCGCCCCCGCCUCGUCUGAGGGCGGGCCCGGCUCCCCGCUCGGCCCCGGGGAGCUCGGGCCCCGCCGCCCCCGCACGUGCCCGUAUCUGUCCUCCCAGCCUCUGAAGCCACCAUGGGGAAUGAACAGAGCGCCGAAGCCGAGAGCAGACCCCACGACCUGAGCGCCUCAGUGACUCCUCCCACCAAGCAGAAAGCCAAGAUGGAUGACAUCGUUGUAGUAGCCCAGGGAACCCAGGCUUCGCGGAGUAUCAGCAGUGAUCCGGACGUCAUCAAAUUACAAGAGAUUCCAACCUUCCAGCCCCUUUUGAAAGGGCUUUUGAGUGGCCAGACGUCUCCCACAAAUACUAAAUUAGAGAAGCUAGACUCUCAACAAGUUCUCCAGCUCUGUCUCCGAUAUCAAGAUCACCUUCAUCAAUGUGCAGAAGCUGUUUCCUUUGAUCAGAAUGCUUUGGUCAAACGAAUCAAAGAGAUGGACAUUACUGUGGAGACACUCUUUGGCUUCAUGCAGGAACGACAGAAAAGGUACUCAAAGUAUGCCGAACAGAUCCAGAAGGUUAAUGAAAUCUCCUCCAUUCUGCGCCGCAUACAAAUGGGCAUUGACCAGACUGUACCUCUGAUGGAGAGACUGAACAGCCUGCUUCCUGAGAAUGAGAGACUGGAGCCCUUUAGCAUGAAACCAGAUCGAGAGCUCAAGUCUUAGUUGUUUCCCACCCCCUUUUCCUAGGACUGACCAGUGAGAUUCUUCUCCGUGGAGGGAUAGAAACCACCAAUGCCCUGAGAAUAUUUGGAGCUGUUAUACCACUACCAGGCAAGACUUGGCUUUUUGUUUGGGUCUCCUGCUCUCCAUGAUGGGAAGAGAAGCAGUCCUGCUAGGCACAGGACUCCCCAAUCUGGAGUCAAGAGGAUUUUUUUCAUCUCACCAAUCUGAAAGUAUUGAAGGCCAACAUCAACAAUGUUGCUAAAACAUAAACCAUUUAGCUCUUCAAAGAACUCCGCCCUAGAAAUUCUUUGUUGCUGUUACUGUCGUCUUUGGGUGAAGCGUGUGCAGCCUAUUUCCAGAUAAGCUGGUCCAGUUAAAACAGGAAGAGAACUGGAGAGCUUAUUUCCAUGACUCUAGGUAUUUGUCAGUAAAUAACUGUUAAAAGACCUUUGGUUUAUAGGGUUAUAAAUGAAAAACUUA